AUGUGGAGGAGGCCGGGCCAAAUGUGGAGGAGGCACAUGAAGACGUGCAGGAGGACAGGACAGGCAUUGAGGAGGCAGGGCCAUAUGUGGAGGAGGCUGGGCCAGACGUGGAAUAGGCCAGGGCUGACGUGGAGGAGGCCGGACCAGGUGUGGAGGAGGCCAGGCCAGAUAUGGAGGUGGCUGGGCCAGACAUGUAGGAGGACAGGGCAGACAUGGAGGAGACUGGGCCAGACGUGGAGGAGGCCAGAGCAAACGUGGAGGAGGCUGGGCCAGACUUGCAGGAGGCCAGGGCAGACGGGGAGGAGGAUGGGCCAGAUGUGGAGGAGGCAGGGCCAGACAUGGAGAAGGCCGGGACAGAGUUGUAGGAGGCCAGGGCAGACGUGCUGCUGGCCGUUCCAGAUGUGGAGGAGGCCAGGGCAGAUGUGGAGGAUGCCAGGCCAGACACAGAAGAGGCCAGGGCAUACAUGGAGGAGGCCGGGCCAGAUGUGGAGGAGGCCAGGCCAGAUAUCGAGGAGGCUGGACCAGAUGUUGAGGAGGACAGGGCAGACAUGGACUAGACUGGGCCAGACGUGGAGGAGGCCAGGCCAGACGUGCAGGAGGAGAAGGGCACACGUGCAGCAGGCGAGGCCAGAUGUGGAGGAGGCCAGACCAGAAAUGCAGGAGGCUGGGACAGACAUGGAGGCCUGGGCAGACAGGGAGGAGGCUGGGCCAGAUGUGGAGGAGGCUGAGCCAGACAUGGAGGAGGCCGGGACAGAUGUGGAAGAGGCCAGGGAAGAUGUGCAGCAGGCCGUUCCAGAUGUGGAGGAGGCCAGGGUUAGACGAGGAGGAGGCCGGGCCAGACAUGGAGGUGGCUGGGCCAGAUGUGGAGGAGGCUGA